AUGGGCGAAUUUUUUUCAUUUAAAUCAAUUCCAGUUCUACAUCCAAAAAAAAAAGUAAUAUUUUUAAAAAUCUUAAUUAUAUUUAUAGCUUCUAUAGUAAUAUUAAUCUUAAGUCCAAACAUAGUAACGUUAAUUAUAGGGUGAGAAGGAUUAGGGAUAACUUCAUUUAGCCUAAUUAUGUUUUAUCAAAACAAAAAAUCAGUAAUAAGAAGCAUAUACACAAUGAUAAUGAACCGAGUGGGAGAUAUUACUUUGAUAAUAGCCAUAAUGAUCUUAAUAAAUUCUUCUUCAUGAAUAUUUUUAUCAAUAGAAUAUUUAAAUUCUAGAACUAAAUGAAUAAUACUCAUAACAGUAAGUAUAUUCUCUAAGAGAGCACAAAUUCCUUUUUCAUCUUGAUUAUCAGAAGCUAUAACAGCUCCCACUCCAGUUUCGGCCCUUGUUCAUUCUUCAACAUUAGUUACAGCAGGUAUCUAUUUGAUAAUUCGGUUUAAAUCAAUUAUAAUAACAUCAGGGAUAAACAACAUUGUUUUAACGGUAGCCAUAAUCACAUUAAGAAUAGCCAGAAUAAAUUCACUACUAGAAAUAGAUAUAAAAAAAUUAGUAGCUUUAUCUACUUUAAGCCAAAUUAGAAUUAUAUUUAUUUCUAUUUCCACAAAUUUAUAUUCAUUAGCUUUUUUUCAUAUAAUUAUACAUGCAACUUUUAAGUCCCUUAUCUUUUUAUGUAGAAGAACUUACAUUUCUAACAGAAAUACACAAGAUCUACGAAAAAUAUAUUCAACCAGAAUCAAUCUUUUAGUAACAAAUAUAGCUUUUAAUGUAGCAAGGAUAGUUCUUUGUGCUCUGCCCUUUAUAUCAAGAUUUUAUUCAAAAGAAAUUAUUAUAGAAAUGAUUAUGAUUACCCCAUUGAACAAAAUUACUACUUUAACUUUUAUUAUCUUGAUAAUAGUAACAGCAAGAUAUUCAUUAAAAAUAAUAAUUAUUAUCAACAUAAACAAAAUAAAUUUAACUAUAAAAAUAUGAAAAGAGACAAGCAAUCAAAA